GACAGAGAGACCACUUGCUGAAAUACUCAACCCGCAACGGCCAAAGUCCUCGCUUCCCAAGAACUUGAAGUAAGACGUCUCUCGCAUUCCCGCAACAUGAGAGUACCGCACCUUGCCCUGGUGGCAGGUGCUCUACUCGUCUCAGCUGCAUCGCGAGUCGCAGCGCAAAAUCCCGGAGACGCCUGUGACUUCGAGAGCGUGCGAUGCACCGGGCCUACGGUUAUUGCGUGCACUGGAUUGCCCGGGAAAUGGGAAAUCAUUGAGCGUUGUCGAUACGGCUGCAAGUGGGACAUGCCCGGGCAUUGCGCUUUCGGGCCCGAAGACGCUGAUCCGAAUAGUCCAGGAGGACCCAGUACACCUGCCCCAACUCGAGCAGUUCCUAACCCACCUGUCCCAAGUCCAGUCGCUCCGAAUCCACCUACCCAGAAUCCAACGACUCCCGAUCCCCCCGCUCAAAAUCCAACCACUCCAAAUCCCCCUGCUCAAAACCCAACCACUCCCAAUUCACCUGCCCAAAAUCCAGCGGCUCCCAAUUCACCUGCCCCAAGUCCAGGCGCUCCAGUUGCUCCGAGUCCCGCCGCACCUAUUUCCGCUCCUGGAAGUCCUACUACCCCGAACGCCGCUGGUGGUACUACAGGGGCACCCAUCGCGGCGGUGACCUCUGGCCCACUUGGCCAAGGAAGUGGAGCUGUUGUGACGCCCGGUGUGGCAGCAGCAGGAAGCGCAGGGAACUUGGGCCCGACAGCUGUUGGUGGCUCCAGUGCUGCCACCAGCACAGGAAUCCCCACUGACAAAUUCAUAAAUGGAGUCAAAGACACCAUUUCCAAGACGAUGAUCAUAGUCAUCGUCGCGGUGGUGGUGGGAUUGUCUCUUCUCAUCUGCGCCGUCAGUGCCGUGUUGAUUCGAAAUCGUCGACGCCGGAAGAACCUGAAAUUGCAACAAAAUGAGUUCCGCUCAAAUGAGGAAACCAACAUGCAAUUUGUGACCAACAAUCACUCAACGGCGGCACUUAUGACUGGCUCAACGCACUUUUACAAUCCAUCCGGGUCGUCUAUUGCGGGCUCUCACGAUCAUGGAUCUAUCCCGAGUCCCCAACCAGCUUGUCUUAAUUACGGCGGCACUCAGUAUCAUCAGGCACAGGGCCUUUCGGCCGCGACAUCUGCUCCCUCUGUGGCCUCUGACGGACAGUCGUCCCAGGUUUAUGACGGCAGUCAGUAUCACCAGGCACAGGCCGCAUCCUCAUCACAGUCCGCUUGGCGCACGCCUACGACAAUGAGUUCCGGAAGUGAACACGAAGAGCUAGCAUCCAUGUCACGCGCUCCUCCCAGUUACGCCAAUGCCACCGGCAACACCGUCUAUGAAACGCGUCCAGCCAGCAGCGCAUCGGCUGGCUUUGCAGUGGCUAGCGCGGCCAGCUCGAGCCAAGGCUACGCUUCGGCCUCCGUCGAAAAAGCCAGGCUCCGCGCCCAUCAUGAAACAGCCGCCCAAACAGCCCCGCAGUCAUCAUCAUCAACAAAAGGAUCCCAGUACCACCACGCCGCUUUACAGACCGCCGGCACCCCCGGCACACCUUCCGACAUGCGCGCCGCAGUCGUCAACGUCCCCUCCUCAGCCCCUUCCACAGGCUCAAACGACUACUUCUCCGACCCCGCGCUGCUGAAUCCAACCAAAAUGUUUGUAUGCACGCACCCGCAUCGGCCAAGAUCGCCCGAGGAGGUGGAGGCGGCUAUUGGCGACUCGCUGUUUAUGGUUAGGAUGUUCAGGGAUGGGUGGGUUUAUGUUAGGAAUCUGACGAGGAAUACGGAGGGGAUGAUGCCGGGGGCGUAUUUGGGGAGCGCGGGGGCGGCUGCUGAGCAGCCAGCUGCUUUCGCUUGAGGCAAGAGUUCGGUGGCCUUGACAGAGCUUCGAUACCUCUGCCUUGAGGAUUCACUCUCGAGAGAUUAUAGGGACCGGAGAGGGUCUGGUGCCACCGGUCACUGACAUCCUCCAUGACGGCGUACAA